CUGAUUGUACAAGUCGACAUUCACUUCAAUAGACUUGAUCUCAAUUGUAUUUAUUUUUUUUAUGUUGAAGGACUUUUCUUGUCAAUGUUGGUUUUUGUGAUGCUAAUGAUGUGCGCAAUAUAUUCCUUACAAAAGACUGCUGGUGUUUACUUGUUGAAAUCCUAGUUCACUAAAGACUCCAUGCUGCACGACAUCACCUCUUUAUAUCCCUAGCUAAUCGUGUUGGAGUACAGAGGUUAAUCUGUAGUAUUCAUCUUGGUAAAAUUUUCGUCGUUCAGGGAAUCGUAAAAUUCAAGGAUUUGGAACCUGUUGUCUUUAGCGUCUGUUUGCUAAAUUCAUCAAAUGUACUUCAAUACAUCAAGACUUUUAAUAUCUUCCCGGUAAAAAGGCUGCAGGAUAGGGAAUAAGGAGAGUCAGUUCUCUUCGAGCUCCCAGACCGGGAGUAGAGGAGAUAUUUACAUCGUACCAUCCCAUGAAAAUGGUUUUACCAAGACACUUCAUGACCUCAACUUCGAUGACAACCAGAAUGUGAUCAGGUCACUUGCUGAGGUUAACACAUUAUCAUCUGAUGAAGGUCCAUUACGAUGGGUUCCUGUUGUAGAGAACGUUAUUCCUAUCAUUAUACAGAGGAAAAAAGUUGGAACAGAAGAAGUGUUUGAAGUAAAUGCAACAACCAGCAAUGGAACACUCUUCAACACUGAAAUCAACUUAAAAGAGAUACGGCUAAAGAAGACUUCGGAGUGUUUUGUGCAAUGGAGGAAUCGUAAAUCAAAGAAUGCUUGGGGACUGAAUUUCAUCUCUGAAGAAGAAGCUAAAAAGUUUAUGGACUUUUGCUAUAAUGCACGCGUUCGUACGUGGUCUUUGAAUUCAUCCUCUACAUCGCAUCAAAGCUCUUCUAAUAGUAAACGUUCGACGACACCUAAAGAAUCAAAGUCCCCUUCUACCCAAACGAACGAGAACAGCCCAUCUACCAAACACAGCAACACACAUGUCAACAGUAAAGAUGAACACUAUGGAAGUAAUAACACACUGGUUUCCACGGAUACCAGUGUUAGUUCCCAUGGUAACACCAGCGACAAAAGUAGUAUACCUGGAUACCUUGAAACAGCAACGACUCCCGCGAGGAGUCACCAUAGAAACGCUGGUUUCCAGAGUAACGUGUUUUUAGCAACGAAAAAUAACGAGAGUUUUGUUUCAAGUGGUGGGCAAGACAGUGGAUUUGGUUUGGAAGAAGAAGAGAAUGCAACCGAUAGUAAUUCAAGGCCUUCAUCCCGUGUAUCGUUACAGGCGGGUCAUAAUGAACUCACGUCGUCCUUUAGCGAUGACAUUGAUCGGUCAGUUGACACUAGUGGAAUCCGUCAUGAAAACAGUGCUUCUGCUCUGGAAGACUCGACAGAGAUGAGUUACUACAAGGAAAUUGAAAGAUUAAAUCGUGAAGAAUCUUUGGAAAUCUCUGCUUCUUUUCAUGAUGAUAACGACCUGGGCAGCAGUUCUGGUAUUGAAACAGACGUCAAACCAAGAUCUGGUAUCGCGCAGUCGCGCCAGGGUGGUGGAACACGUAAAGCAGGCUGGUUAUCUGGCAAACACGUGUUCACGAGAGGAAAAGGCAAUAAGAUAGAACUAGCGUCAGACAGAAAAUGGAGAAAAUACUGGAUGACUUUGAAGAGUGCAGCCCUGAAUUUCUAUCAAUGUAACGAGAAAACAGUCAGCGCGCAAGAUCUCGAUGACCCGAGUUUUUCUCUAGAGAUUGAUUCGUGUAUUGCGCAAGCAGUCCCCGAACACGCUAAGCUAGAUCACGUGUUCAGCGUCAGUACGAGGCUUGGAGAGGCUUAUUACUUUCAGGCAGCCAACCAAACUGACCUUGAGAACUGGAUUACAGCUGUUCAUUCCAUGGCUGCAUCACUUCUAAGUGGAUCGAGACAAAAGAGUAAAGAUGAAAUGAUUCAAAUCCUGAACGAGAGAAUCAACCAAGUCAACGAAAAGAUUGCUUCAGAUUCGAGACUCAAGAAGAUGGCCGAGCUUCAAUCCACUGUCGUGACGGACUCUAAAAUGAAGCAGCAGUUCUCUGAACAGAUUUCUAGAUGGGAGCAAAAUCUCGAGAAGUUGAACAUAUCUUUGUAUCGACUGCAAUGCUACAUGUCAGCGGUUAAAGGAACACCUCUUCCCAACCCUCAAACAUUAUUAGCAUGCGUUGCUAGGACUACCAAACAAAGUCUUUCGCGUUUGGGAACRUUCUCCGUCAUGUCGUUUCAUGCUUUUGUGAGUGCCAGGGAUCCAUCAACAGAAGAAGAAGUGAAAGCAAGGAAUAAAGCAAAACGGAACCCAAGUAGCGUCGGCAAGAUCAAAAGCGCGAUCUUUACCUCGUUGAGAAUCAAUGACGCAGSCAGUGUGAAGUCAAUACGAGAUCGAUAUUCAUCGAAAAAUACUGCCAAAGGAGGCGCAAAACUAAAGAGAUCCAAUCUAGACAACAUACCUGACACACUCGAGGAAGACGAAAGCGAGUCAAGGUCACUAAGUUCCAGCCACUCAGACUGGAAAAGCCUCGGCAAAUACUUGAGGAUCAGUCUACCUAGCAACCAAAGCACAGUCAUUGCUCUUAAGGAUCAUAUGACAGUAGACGAUGUUGUGGUGAACACGUGCGAGAAGAGACAGUUAGAAUCACGUGCAUAUUUCUUGAAACUAGGAAUACAGGAAGCUGAURGAUCCUCAGAAUACUUCAUUCCAAAGCAAGAUGCUUUACUCGAGGAUCAGGAAUAUACUUUAUUAAAGUUGUGUUCAAGAUGUGUUUAUCAAGUUGAACUGACGAAAUCCCUUGAAGCAGAUGGACUGGACUUCGGUAUUUCUGUUGCAAGCAAGAAGGGAGGUCUUUACGUCAACCAUGUCGAGAGAGGUCGUCUAGCUCAUGUUCAAGGAGUAAUGGCGGGAGAUGAAAUUUUAGCUGUGAAUGACGUCAAAGUAGGUGACGUAGACAAUGCGGAUCCUCUAGGAGAUUUAAAAGGGGCUUUACGAGAUUCUUGCAUAAAAUUAGAAUUACGAUCACCACGUGAUGAGCCUCCAGUGACCAACAAAGUCACUUCUGAUGCUAUCAUUAGUCGCCUGGUGAUAAAACCUCCGCCCAAGCUAAGUGACAAUAUUGAAUAUGGAGACCUGAGUGAUAUGAUUGUCCCCCCUCCCCUCAUGGACUUUGAUGACGGUGAUGAUGGCAGCGUGUUUAGUGUAGAUUCUAUUCAGACAACGUCCACCCAGCAGAAUCCAGAUCGAUCGAGCAAAACAGUCGAUGAACUGUUGCAGCAAGCAGAGGAAGUAACAAUAUUUUGUAGACAGCGGACGGAAUAUUCAGAAGACGACUCCAAAGCCGUAAUCCAAUUAACAGAUGCUCACAAACUGCGCAAAGUCAUAGUUGAACUGGUAGACACGGAGAGAUCUUACGUCAAGGAUUUGAAGCUGCUUUUGAACAGGUAUUUGGAUCCUCUGAAAGAUGAAAACUUCAUGUCUAAAGCAGAGGUCAAAGCUUUGGUUAGUACAGUUGAAGAGAUCCUCGAUUUCCAGAAAAAGUUUCUGCAGGAGCUUGAAAAUAUCAUCGACUCAGAGACUAGUUUUGAUGACUUUGAUGAAAUCCAACAAUUCCAGAACGUGAUCCUCGCAAUAGGAGAAUUAUUCCUUCAGUACACAGAACAUUUCAAACUUUACAGUGCUUUUUGUUCAAGUCAUUCUAGAGUUGUAGAACUGCUGGCGCCUGGACAAAACCAAGAACUUCGGAAUUUCUUAGAUGCUCGUAAUCCAAAGAACCAACAUUCGGGAACUCUUGAAUCGUACUUCAUCAAACCUAUACAGAGAAUUCUUCGUUACCCGUUGUUGAUGAGAACGAUUCUCAAGCUGCUGAAUAAGGAGACAGAAGAAUACCAAAAUCUUCUCGAUGCAGUAGAAGCAGUCGAGAAAGUCGCCACACACAUCAAUGAAAUGCAAAGAAUCACCGAAAAGUUUGCGCCGCUUUUCAAUGAAGUUGUCGAAGAGUUCGGCGGCUUUGAGGUGUCUGACGUCAUGAUUGAUAAACUAUUGCAUCAUGGGAAGGUCACGUGGUUGAAUUGUCCAGACGAGCCUCGUAGUGGUACGCUCAAGCUAAAGAAUCCUACGACUCCACGUGUCAGCAAAAAGAACUCUGUUAUGCAUAUAUUUGUUUUUGAAAAAAUUGUCAUAUUGAUCCACCUAGAAGUAAAAUCGAGGAAAAAGGAAAAAAGUACGUCAUUAAAAACAUCGGAGGAAGUAAAAUUUCGAACGUUAAUUCCAGUGACGUCUCUCGUUCUACGGGAUCAUUGUUGGGCUACAAAUGAAACUCUACAAUCUUGGGAGCUUGUCAACAUUAGCGACACAACAGAGCUGGGAAGACAAGAAUGUACUUAUUUAUUCGCCAGCAAAACGACAGCAGAAAAACGUGAGGUUGUUCGCAGCAUCAAAGAAGCCAUCAAGAAAGGAAUCAAAGCAGGCUCGACAGUAGCUUCAACUAUAAGAUCUCACAGUUUUAGACGCAACGUUACUACCAACAACACCAAUCUAAACUCAACUUUCCCAGGGUCAGGCAACUUCCUUCGCACACAACCUGACUCAAAUCUCUUACGAAGGUCGUUUAGCCAUAAUCCUGAAGAAGCACAGACGAGAAGGACGUCCCUGAUCGAUAGUGCCGAGCAACGACAUCACAUGGCACGACUCAAAGAUGCGCAAUCUGUAGGUAACAUGGACGAUAUUUUAUCAGAGAGAGUUAGUGUCGUUGUCAAAGAUGAUGAGGCCAAGCCUAUUGAUGUAGGACACUUUUAGAAUAGUUUGUACAUUAUAUAAAGUGUUUUACUUGUAAAAGAGCUUUAGAGAAGAAAUUGUUUGUUUUGUUUUAUAAGUAACCAUUUAAGGAACGAUUUGUAAAUAAGUGGAUUUUAUUAAAGAGUAGAUAUCUUUGUGCUUA